AUGGUUGCAGUAUGGUAUCAACACGAUCAAAACGCACCGAUCAGAAUCAAUAUCGAUUCUGAUUCAGAUAUCGAUGGUUUACAACAAGAUAUUUUUGGUAAAACUGAUAAAGGACAGUAUCUGGCGACGUACAACGGUCAACCAUUAAAACUAUCGGCGAAAGUUCCAGCGGAUACAACUGAUGAUAAACCAAUAGUGUUUACUAAAAUUAUUGAUUUACCACCUGUAGAACAAAACAAAACAAAAUCUAACAAAUUCAAACAAAAUGGAAUUAUUUGUGCGGGGGGAAAUCGAGAAGGGAAUAAAUUAAAUCAGCUCUCGCAUCCUCAUGGGAUCUUUAUUGAUGAUCACAACAAUAUUUUCGUUGCUGAUUGUUACAAUCAUCGUAUUGUUGAAUGGAAGUGUCAUUCGAACAAAGGACAAAUCAUUGCUGGAGUAAAUGGUCAAGGAGACGGAAAUUAUCAACUGGAUAGCCCAACAGAUGUCCUCGUUGAUAAACAAAAUAAUUCUUUAAUCAUUGCUGAUAAAGGGAACAGACGAGUAAUCCGAUGUUUUCGUGAAAAUGAAGCAGAACACCAAAUUCUCAUUUCUGAUAUCGAUUGUUGUGGUCUGUCAAUGGAUAAAAACGGAUUUAUUUAUAUUUCUGAUGCUGAGAAAGAUGAAGUGAGACGAUGGAAAGAAGGCGAUGAAAGAGGAACAACUGUUGCAGGCGGAAAUGGACAAGGAGAUGAUCUGAAUCAAUUCAAUGGACCUGGUUUGAUCUUUGUUGAUAAAGAGGAUUCUCUUUAUGUACCAGAUUAUGGAAAUCAUCGUGUGAUGAAAUGGACAAAAAAUGCAAAAGAAGGAAUUGUUGUUGCUGGAGGAAAUGGUCAAGGAGAUAGUCUCAAACAAUUGUCUUGUCCUUGGAGAGUGAUUGUUGAUGAUUUGGGUCAAAUCUAUGUGGCAGAGCAUGAAAACCAUCGAGUGAUGCGUUGGUGUGAAGGAAAUGCAGAAGGUGAAGUUGUUGUUGGUGAAAAAGGUCAAGGAAAAGCAUUAAAUCAACUGGAUUAUCCCGUUGGCUUAUCAUUUGAUAGUGAAGAGAAUCUUUAUGUUGCUGAUCGGGGGAAUCAACGAAUAUUAAAAUAUGAAAAAUGUUCUGAUUAA